CCAUCACUUUACUGCGGGCCUUCUUCCAGUCCGCUCCACUCUCUUCUUCGGACUCAUGACAACUUUAUCCGAAAAUGGCAGCGGGGAACAAGCGACGAGCCGGUGACGCCACGUACGAGCCCGCCGCACGUCACCUCGCCUGAGGCUCCGCUGCCGAGAGGAGAAGCCCCCUCCGCGGCUUACUUUGGUUCACCUGAGCUGGUGUGGUGGCGGCGGAAGGAUCUGCCUGCCUGGCGCCUGCCGAAGCCUGUUAGCUCGUUAGCUAGCUGCUGGCUAGCGCCUCAUCGCGACGUGGAAAGCUCCGCGACGCCGCCGCCACCUCCACCGCUUCGGAGGACGACCUGGUUGAAUGUAUCCCAGCCACCGGAGGCUUUAAGCGGAUAUAUUUUCGCUCUUUUUUUUUCUUUUUCUCUUCUUUCUUUUUUUCUUAUUUUUUAUUUUAUUGUAUUUUUUUAAAGCGUGCCCUCCGAGUUAGCCACUAGUGUCACGUUAGCUAACCAGCCUGUCGUGCUCAUCAAGGUGGAGGCUGUCACCCGCACGACUUGCCUGAGCGUGUUGGGUUCGGGUGGCGGUUGCCUCCCCAAUGCCGAAAGCCAGAAGAGGCUCCGCGGCGGAGGACAGAAGACCGGAAAUGAGUAGAUAGGACUACACUUCAGCUCGAGUGUGUUUUUUGUUUUGUGCCCCCCCCCCCAACCUCCCCUACAGUUUCGAGUGAGCGCCAUUGUUGACUGGACUCAUUUAAAAGAAAAAAAGUAUGAAGAAGUUUUCCAGAAUGCCAAAGUCCGAGAGCGUUGGCGGGAGCCUCGGGGGAGCGUCCGGCUCCGGGCUCACCAGCUACUUCGGCAAAGUGUUCGCCGUCGGCCGGUAUCAAGUCACUGUGGAGGAGCUCGUAGCCGAGGGAGGCUUCUCGGUGGUGUUCCUGGCCCGUACACACAGCGGCGUCCGCUGCGCCCUUAAGCGGAUGUAUGUCAACAACGUGCCUGACCUAAAUGUCCACAAGAGGGAGAUUACCAUCAUGAAGGAGCUGUCAGGCCACAAGAACAUCGUGGGCUACUUGGACUCUGCUGUCAACACCGUAUCAGACAGCGUGUGGGAGGUCCUCAUCCUCAUGGAGUACUGCAAAGCGGGCCAGGUGGUGAAGCAGAUGAACUUGCGUCUGAAUGUGGGCUUCAGUGAGGCCGAGGUCCUGCACAUCUUCUGCGACACAUGCGAGGCUGUGGCGCGGCUACACCAGUGCAAGACUCCCGUCAUCCACCGGGACCUCAAGGUGGAGAACAUCCUGCUAAAUGACCAGGGCAGCUACGUGCUCUGUGACUUUGGCAGCGCCACCCACAAAGUUCUGCAGCCGCACAAAGAUGGCGUGACCGCUGUGGAGGACGAGAUAAAGAAGUACACAACUCUCUCGUACCGGGCGCCAGAGAUGAUUAACUUGUAUGCAGGCAAAGCCAUCACCACUAAGGCUGAUAUAUGGGCGCUGGGAUGCUUGUUGUACAAGCUGUGUUUCUUCACGCUUCCAUUUGGGGAGAGUCAAGUUGCCAUAUGCGACGGAACCUUUAUCGUUCCUGACAACUCCAAGUUCUCACUCAAGUUGCACUGCUUAAUCCGAUAUAUGCUCGAACCAGAUCAGGAAAAGAGACCAGACAUCUACCAAGUGUCCUAUUUUGCCUUUAAGUUUGCCGGAAGAGACUGUCCUGUGCCAAAUAUCUUUAGUUUUCCCAUCCCCACAUCGUUACCAGAACCUCUGACGGCCAGUGAGGUAGCCGCUAAAAAGAGUAUGACGAAAGCAAGAAUACGAGACUGUGUGGGCCCGACGGAGACCUCCAUUGCCCCCCGACAGAGGCCUAAGGCAGCGAACAGUAACGUCUUGCCGCUUGCCACUGUCACGCCUGUCAAGAUGACCAUGGUGCCAUCUGCGCCUGUCAGCAAUGGUCAGAAAGCUCCCACACCUGGUUCAGGACAGCCUUCCGUGCAGCCGCAGCCUGGCAGUCAGCAGCACAGAGUCCUGCAGCAGCUGCAGCCGGGCGACCUGCGCCUUCAGCAGCUUCACCACCACCAACAACAACAAGCACUGCAGCAGCAACACAUCAAUGCACAGCAACUCCAAUACCUCCAGUACCAACAGGCUGUGCAGCAGUCCAUCCAGCUGCAGCAGCAUCAGCAACAGGCUUUACUCCAGCAACAGCAGCAGAUGAUGAUGCAGCAGCAACCAAUGUAUCAGCAGAGAGUCGCUCAUGCCACUCAGGCCCAGUAUGCCGCCAUGCUGCAGCAGUACCAACAGGCUUUUGUUCAGCAACAGCAGCAACAACAUCAUCAACCCACAUACAUGUCCUCCCCUGUGGAGUUCCAGGUACCUCUGGGCUCCUACAAUGUGACCACACCCACCGUAGAGGACAGCCCACAUGGGGCGCCCUCGCCUCCAGAGAAAUCCUACUCCAAUCCCAGGACGCCCAUGCUGGCCUCGGACGGCGGCACCCCUCCCUCCCAGAGCAUCAGCCACCCCCCGGACAUGUCGCGCUGGAACCCGUUUGGCGAGGACAACUUCUCGAAGCUGACCGAGGAGGAGCUGAUCGACCGAGAGUUUGACAUGCUCAGAGCAAACAAGCCUGUGGAGAGAACGGCUAGCGCGGAAGGCGACCGACUCCCACCCGCUUCCGCCAAGUCCCUCCCGACCGAGGACUUGUUUGGUUCGGUGCCAUUUGUGGCCAGCACAGGUUCCGACCUGGCAGGGAGUGAUCCGACGACACCUGAAGUCAUCCUUCCUAUUCCUUCCUCCCGAGACGAUCGGUCACCACUUACAGUACCCAAAGAGCACAAGUCCAUCAAGAGGAGCAACGGCCAGCCAGGCGACGACUCGGACAGCGAAUUCGAGUCCGACCCGCCUUCGCCUAAAAGCAGCGAAGAGGAAGAGGAAGAACCAGAGGAGCCCGAGGAAGACGAAGGCCCAAUCAGUGAACAUGGUGACGACACCGAGCCGGAGAAUCUGGGCCAGCGACCGCUCUUGAUGGAGUCUGAAGAAGAUGGCGAGGACGAAGACAAGUGUAGUUCUGACUCUGACAACAAGGUGAAGAAUAUCGCCAAGAAGGAAGGUACGACCAGACGGGGGCGUCAAAGACAGUCCUCUCCAGUUCUGGUGGACCCCCACGAGUCCCUCGGCUCAGUGGACAUCUUUGGUGCCGUUCCCUUCCUUGGCAGAGCGUCCCCUGUUGGAGAUAUCUUUGCCAAAGCACCUUUCCGACAAGUGAGCCUUGAACAGUCACCCGCCGACGAUUUCGAUGUUUUCACCAAAGCGCCGUUCAGCCGGAAUCUCUCCAAGAACGCCAGCGGCCAGACGCCACCCGUUUCCCCCGAUGGUGUGGAUGUCUUCGGCUUCGGCCCAUUCCAGCCGGGCGUCCCAUUUCCGACCACGUCCAAGAGCGCCGAGGACAUCUUCUUUCCCUUUGCCGAGGACUCACCACGGCAACAGAGGUUGAAACAGCGCAGCCUCCAGAAGUUGUCAUCGCGCCAGAGGAAAACCAAGCAGGAAGGCACCGGUACGGGCGGCGGCAAGCGGCACCACGGCACCCCCACGGCCGGACGGAAAACUGUAAAACCCGCCAAAGCUGCUUUCCGCACCCCCGAUCGAGUCCGGAGACACAAGAAAGUGAGCCGGCGGGACUCUCAGAGCAGCAAUGAGUUCCUAAGUGACUCUAAAGAGAACAUCAGUCUUGACAUCACCAUCGCAGAAGGGAAGGACAACAGUGCCCAACUCCAAAAGGACGAGAUUCUGGACCCCUUCGGAGCCAAACCGUUCCACCCUCAGGACGGAGGACGAAACGGAGGCAGCUACCCGGGGGGCCUCCCUGAAAGCAAGAGUGACCUGGGUACCUCCUGGGCAGUGGCUCUUCAUGGGGAUUGUAACACUACGGACGACUUUGGGGCGGUGCCUUUUACGGAAGUGGUGGUCCCUGGCGGACCUCAGCAACAGCCAGUGGAACUGGACCCAUUUGGUGCCGCGCCGUUUCCAUCCAAGCAAUGACUCGCUCUUGUAUGUCUUCCAUUAUGACUGGUCGCUGUUACAUAGGCCCCGAGAUUCUUGUUUAGUCGUGGAACAGACACUGCCUGACUUUUUAAGACCACGUAAAUCCUACGGAAGCACGUUGGAGUCCGCUUAGCUGUUUUAUGCUGCAUCGUUACGGCCGAGAAACAUUAGCAACACGACCAACUGAUUUCUAAUGUGCGACCACUCAAGACCUGUGUUUUUAUUUAGAAACCAGCACCACGAAACUCCGCUCGGAGGAUGCUAGACCCUUAACGAGGAAAGUAAAACCACAGACGUGACACUUUUGGGGUGGCUCCUUCGUUACGCUCAAGAAACUUUAGCAACCUGACAAACUGUGAUUUCUAACGUACGAACACACGACCCGUUUAUUUUUUAUUUUUUCCAUUUAGCAAGCAGGACCGCAACACGACUCAACAAGACCAGCAAGUCCAAGUCAACUCACUAAAACCACUGACUUAUGUUUUUUCAGAUCCACUGCCCUGCAUUAUGCUCGAGAAACCUUAGCAACCUGACAGACUGAUUUGUAAGAUGUGACCACUCUCAUAUGUUCUGAGUGAAAUAUUCUAGCAGGCCCAAGUCCCGGGCUGCUUUUAAUGGGGAAAUUAAUAGUACAGAUGUUAUUGGGGUGGUUCCCUUUGUUACGGUUGAGAAACAUAAGCCGGCAAACUGAUUUCUAUUGCAUGACAGUUCCACUUGUACAGCAUGUUUUAUUUAACAAGUAGCACUGCGACACAUUGACUGGAGGAUGCUGGAAGUCCUGGGCGGCUUUCUAAAACCACUGAUUUAGUUUUUUGGGACAGUGCUCUUCGUUACCGUUGAGAAACAUUAGCAACCCGGCGAACUCUGUCCGACUGUUCCGUUGCCAACCCCGCAGCAACCGUCAAGAUUUUUUGGGACGCUUUAGGUAGAGGUCGCUGAAGGUAGGGUCGACUUGGGCACACCGCCAGUGAGAAAUCCUGGGUUGCGUUUGAGAAACUUUAGCAAACCGAAAACUGUGAUUUGUAAUGUGCAACUGUUCCACGAGUGCUGGUCUGAGCAACCAGUCUGUUUUUAUUUAGAAAGUAACACUUAGACAUGAGGCCAUAAGACAGGCAAGCCCACAUUCCUCAGAAACAAGAUUGUUUUGGACCCAUUUGAGCAGAGGCAUGGAUGGUGCCGACCCAGACAGGCAGCACCAGUGGGAUGUUCUUGGGGCGGUGUUCUUCCCUACACUUGAGAAAUCUUAGUAACCCUCCAACUGUGAUUUCUAAUGUGCGACUGUUCCACUCGAAACCUGUUUUAUUUAGCAAGCAGCACCCGACCACGAGCAUCAAUUCCAAGUUAUGGGAGGCCCUUUAAAACCACUGACUGAUGUUUUGGGGGGCCAGUGCCUUUUGGUAUACUCGAGAAACAUUAGCAAGCCUCCAACUGUGAUUUGUAAUGUUUGACUGUUCCACUAGUACUGCCCUAAGCGGCCAGUCUGUUUUUAUGUAGGAAAUAGCAUCACAAGAACUUUGAUCGGAAGAUGCAAUACUGGCAAGAUUCUUUUGGUCCCAUUUGGGUGAAGGUGUCCAGGCGUCUCUGAAAACAAGGUAGACCUGGAGGCCACUAGGGAGAAGUCCUGUGGGAAAUCCUGGGCCCCACAAGUGGGUCUUGACAGAAAAAUGUAAAGCCAAGGGAUUGGUUUCCGAGUUGGUCAUCUACAGCGGACCUCAGCAGCAAGACCACUUUCCAGACACCCUGGUGAGAUUUUGGAUCUCCCUGAAAGUCACCAGUGGGCGCGUCCUGGGUGGCUCGUCACGGGUAACGAAAACCAAGGUUGGAUUUUUGGAUUUUGGGGUUAUUCCCAUUGUCACCAGUGGGAAGUCCUAGACCGUUCUUCACAGGUGAAAAGUAAUACCAUGAACAGAUUUUGUCGCAGAACUGGCACAAGAGAUAUUGCCGGCGGCCAGUCACAGACGGAAUUUUGGACCAGCAUUGCAGCAGACAUCUUCCGAACCGGUUCCAAACAAGAAGUGACUCAUUCUUGUGUAAGUCUUCCUUUGCCCCCUUUUUUUCUGGGUAGGGGGGCAGAAUCAGCAGACAUUACCAGCACCCCUUAAAUUCUGUGGAAGAAUUCUGGAGUCUGCAUGUUGUUUUAGCUGUUUUCAUCCUGCAGAAGCAACCUUCUCCAAACUCUGAUUUCUAAUGUGUGACCGUUCCACUCACAUCUUUUUUUAUAACAGUAGGACCUUGACUUAGGAGUGCCCCAACUUUAUUUUUCUAGUUACGGCGUCACUUUGUCAUUUUUCGUUUGUGUUGUUGCGAGCCAAAAUUUGAGUUACAAGCAAGCUUCAGACACGCCACCGCUUGGAUAAACUUGGUAAAAAAAAAAAUUAUCAAUUAAUCCCCUCGCAUCUCUGCAAGGAGAGCCACCGUUCAUUGACCAAUUAAAACCAACUAAACUCGUAAUUCAAGGUACCGCUGUAGUUCACACCGCAAAGCCUUACUAGAUUUACUAUACGGGAGCGCAUUAGCUGCACAGUACCUCUGGAAACUUUUUUAACCACUUGUUUGUUUUUAUUUUUUAAAUUAAUUCUUGAGUUUUUUCCCUUCUUUUUCUAUGCAUGUCACCAAUGUGGACCAGAUGGGAUUUUUUUUUUUUUUUUUUGUUCCUCCCCACGUUGGUCAUGAGUUGAAUUUUUUUUUAAUUUGGACAUUUUCUGUAACCAUUUAUUUUCACAAGUGCUCUCUUUUGAUUGGAAGAUACACUGAUGUUUUUUAGGCUGAAGUAUAUAUAUUUUUUCGAUUGUUUGAAAAAUGCGUGAGUUGAAAUAUAUUAUUUGAGAAAUGAACUGAGAAUUUUUAUUUGCACAAACAUCACAACACAACUUUUUUUAUUAUUUUAUUUGGAGUUCCCAAGAAUUUAAUACAAAAAAAGUUAAUCUACAUGAAAUUUGUAUAAUUUCUUUUCACGUUCUUGCUCUGAUAAAAACAAUGUAGCACAUACUAAUGCUAAAUGGUUACUAUAAUUACACAAAUCAGGAACAUUGCAUGUGGCCCUAGAAGAACCCGAGACAAAUAACAGCGAUUAUUUUACUAAUACCGUCAUAGUCCAGUCUAUGAUGUGGUAUUAUGGGAUAGUCAAGUCGUAUAUGGUUACAUCUCAUCUAUUCCAGUCCUAUAUAGAAUAGUCUGGUCCACAGGCGUCAAACUCAAUGCCAGGGGUCCACAUCUGGCCUGCCACAUCAUUUUAUGUGGCUUGUGAAAGCAAAUCAUGUAUCCACUUCCAU